GCUCCCCUCGCACCCGCGCUAGCAGCUCGUGUGUACCACAGGUUAUGUUCAUUUGAGACUCAGCCGUCAGGAAUCACCUGGUGUUACUGAGAGUCUGCUGCUGGCGCUGGGACUUGCUGCUUGCCUUGUUGCCAUGUCCAACGAAGUGGAAACAAGCACAACCAAUGGUCAGCCGGACCAACAGGCUGCACCAAAAGCACCAUCAAAGAAGGAAAAGAAGAAAGGCUCUGAAAAGACAGAUGAGUAUCUCUUGGCCAGGUUCAAGGGUGAUGGUGUAAAAUACAAAGGCAAACUAAUCGGUAUUGAUGAUGUGCCCGAUGCACGAGGGGAUAAAAUGAGCCAAGAUUCUAUGAUGAAACUCAAGGGCAUGGCAGCAGCUGGUCGUUCUCAGGGACAACACAAGCAGAGGAUUUGGGUCAACAUUUCCCUGUCUGGGAUAAAAAUAAUUGAUGAAAAAACUGGGGUAAUAGAGCAUGAACAUCCAGUAAAUAAAAUUUCUUUCAUUGCUCGAGAUGUGACAGACAACCGGGCAUUCGGUUAUGUGUGUGGUGGAGAAGGCCAGCACCAGUUUUUUGCCAUAAAAACUGGGCAACAGGCUGAGCCAUUGGUCGUUGAUCUUAAAGACCUUUUUCAAGUUAUCUAUAAUGUAAAGAAAAAGGAAGAGGAAAAGAAAAAGGCCGAAGAAGCCAACAAAGCAAUCGAGAAUGGAAGUGAGGCACUCAUGACUCUUGAUGACCAAGAUAACAAACUGAAAUUGGGUGUUGACCAGAUGGAAUUGUUUGGGGACAUGUCUACACCUCCUGACCUAAAUAGUCCAACAGAAAGCAAAGAUAUCCUGUUAGUGGAUCUAAACUCUGAAAUCGACACCAAUCAGAAUUCUUUAAGAGAAAAUCCGUUCUUAACAAAUGGCAUCACCUCCUCCUCUCUUCCUCGACCAAAACCUCAGGCACCCUUCUUGCCUGAAAAUGCCUUUUCCGCCAAUCUCAACUUCUUUCCCACACCUAACCCUGAUCCUUUCCGUGAUGAUCCUUUUGCACAGCCAGACCAAUCGACACCCUCUUCGUUUGAUUCUCUCAAACCUGCAGAUCAGAAGAAAGAGAAUUUGAGUAGUGUGUCUACUCCACUGAGUAAUGGGCCCCAGAAUGGUGAUGUUGAUUACUUUGGUCAGCAAUUUGACCAAAUCUCUAACCGGACUGGCAAACAGGAAGCUCAGGCAGGCCCAUGGCCCUUUUCAAGUACGCAAAGCCAGCCAGCAGUGAGAACUCAAAAUGGGGUAUCUGAAAGAGAACAGAACGGCUUCCAUAUCAAAUCUUCCCCGAACCCUUUUGUGGGAAACCCUCCCACAGGACUCUCUGUACCGAAUGGCAUAAAGCAGGACUUGGAAAGCUCUGUCCAGUCCUCACCACAUGACUCCAUAGCUAUUAUCCCACCUCCACAAAGUACCAAACCAGGAAGAGGCAGAAGGACUCCUAAGUCUUCAGCAAAUGACUUGCUUGCAUCAGACAUCUUUGCUCCUCCCGUCUCAGAACCUCCAGGCCAGACGUCCCCCACAGGACAGUCUGUAGUCCCGCAGACCAACCCUCUGGAUCUCUUCAAAACAAGUGUCCCGACCCCAGUGACACCUCUUGCCAGUCUAGGUGGUACACCGGUGUCACCCCCUCAAGCAGGACCAUGGAACGCACCCAUUGUCUUUAACCAGUCCACUCCAAUAGUCCCGGGAGCCAUGUUAGGAGGCCAACCUGCAACUUUCAGCCAGGCAGCUGUUUUCGGUACUAGCCCAGCUGUUCAGUGUUGGAGUCAGCCUUCAUCUUUUAUAGCCUCAACUUGCCCCUCACCUCCUGCAGUUUGGGGUUCUUCUGUAUCUGUGGUACCCAAUUGUUGGCCAGCAACAAGCCCAUUGGGGAACCCUUUCCAGAGCAAUAUUUUUCCUCCACCAUCUGCUCUUUCCUCUUCCACGCUGCCCUCACUUGUAGUCAGUCCUCCUCAGCCACCUCCCAGAACUGCUCCAAAGGACAUCCCCAGCGAUGCCUUCACUGCCUUAGACCCGCUUGGGGAUACAGAAGUCAAGGAAGUGAAAGAAAUGUUUAAGGACUUCCAGUUGCGGCAGCCACCUGCUGUGCCCUCAAGGAAGGGAGAGCAGCCUUCUUCUGGGACUUCCAGUGCCUUUUCCAGUUAUUUCAACAGCAAAGUUGGCAUUCCCCAAGAGAAUGUAGACCAUGAUGAUUUUGAUGCUAAUCAACUGUUGAACAAGAUCAACAAGCUCAGCGAACCACCAAAGCCAGCCCCCAGACAAGGUUCCCUGUCAGUUACCAAAUCAACCAACAAAGCCUUUGAGAAUCCUUUCUCUAAAGAUUCCUUCAGCUCACCACAACCUUCUAUGGCUUCUCCUCAACCUGCAUCUUCCGAUGUAUAUAGGGAUGCUUUUGGAAAUCCUUUUGCCUAACUGAACUUGGAAUGCUGACUAUCCACGGCGUGAUAAGGUUGGCCUUAGUCAUCAAGGACAAAGCUAAAAGUCAGACACUUCCUGACCACUGUCCUUGUUCCAGCUUUGACAAAUUAUCUGUUGCCUUAUUUCUUAUUGCCUCUUCCACUUGUAAAAUUUCUUUCACUUUAUGUCUAAGCUAAAGCUAAACUGAAUCAAUGGCUUUAAGUAAAUUAAGACCCUAAACUCUUUAGUUCAAAUGUAAAUGAAGUAGCUUUCCUACCAAAUUACUAUCUGUCGAGUUCCUAGACCCUUCCAAACAUUAUACCCUCUGCCUUCUGGUUGGAUGAUGCAGACGCCAACCCCUUUAUAUCACACUGUUUUUAGUAAAUGGCCAAUUCCUUCUUGCUUACUCUGAGGGUUCUCUUUUAGAGCAUAAAACCUAAAAUUCUAGUAAAACAAGACACUUUUUUAAAAGAACUUCCAACCAUCACAGAGAAAUGUUUAAAUAAAAUGGAAAUCCAACUUCUCCUCAGAUUCUUUGGACUCUAAUACACCUGAGGACAUUUUUAAAGACAGUUUCUCCUCUUUCUUAAGAUCAACCUCUCUCAAAGCCAAGAUUGUCCUUGUGCUAACUUUCUAGCUAUUGCAAAUGAGGGGAAAGCAUUCAUCUCUCUUUGUCUUUUCCCUCUGAUUCUCUGUUCAGUCUGUAUUGUUCCUGGGCUCGGAUUUCCCCCAUCUAGGCUUUUUGUUUGUUUUUGUUUUGUUUUGUUUUAUUUUCUGUUUCUGUUGUUUUGUUUUGUUUUGCUUUUUACACACAACAGGUUUUCAUGGGAUUAAAAAAAUAUCAAAUGAUUCACAGACCCGGAGCCUGGCUUGCUCCUGAGUAAAUGCUAGUCCCAGAAACUGUAUGUGUGCACCCUGUAAACUUUCACAGAGGAGGGAGCACCCUCAAGCUGAAGUCCAGAAACAGAUGAAUGUGGAAGAGAAUUUGAGCUCCAUUCCGCAAUGAAGGACCGUGUUCUACAGAACAGCGCAUCAUGAAGCUAAAUGUGACUGUGCCCAACACACUGGUGCUUGUUGGAGGAUGGGGGACAUGCAAGUCCUUUACCAAGUAACUGGAAAACUUUCUGGAAGCCACAGUUUCAUAGUUAGUAGGAAGAUAAAUGGGAGGGGAAAAGGUUAUGGACAAGUAUUUGGCGUUAUCGUCAAAAAUCUCAUGUCUGCAGUAUUUUUUCCCCAUAACCUUGGAAACUUUCCCAGUUCAUUUUCAGUCCUAUUGUUAGCACAGUUCUGAAGGGUUUGUUCUUGCCAAAAUGAGUUUUGUUUUAUGUGGGGGUUUUAAAAAUGUUAUCUCUUGACCCUCAAUGCUCAGGUUCUUGUGGGUGUUAAUCAACCACAUCCAGUGUUACCUUUCCGGGAAUAAAGUGGACAACUGCUCAGGAUUUAAACAAGGUGACCUUGGGAGCCUCUUGAUUAGCUCCAGGUAGCCCAUGCUAAAGUCCUGUGGUUUUGUGUUUAAUGGGAACAGCUGAUUAUACAUGGCAUAAUUUUUCGUCUGGCUUCCUACUCAGUCAUAAACAAAGACUUGAAAUAGUACUUUAAAGGUCCAAAUACCUAAAAGUGCUGUACUGGAGGCAUCUAUUUCUAGGUAGUUGAAUUUUUGAAAGCAAUGAUCAGCCACACAACUGUUUUGUAUAUACUUAUUUUCUAUUGCACUUUUCUGUAUGCAAAUUAAAGCUAUAAAUUUACUCAUUUCAAUAAACUGGAAUGGCAAAAUUGCA